UCGCUAGAGUGCUCAUUACAUUCUUUAGUGCUCGAGUUACUGUUAAGUGACUGUUUGAACGACUUUAUUAACUUCCGCCCGUGACCGAGGUGGAAAAGAUUCGAGCAAUGUUGUCAACAUCCGACCGUGUCUGCAGUCAUCGCUCAUGGACAAACAGCCAUAACAGCCGUCGAUAGGCUCGUGGGUGGGUGGGCGAAUGAAGCAAACAAUUCGUACGCUCGACCACGGCAACGACUUUUUGGCAGGGAUGAAAAGGAUGACGCAUGGACGGUUUGCUUUGCUGCAUGCAUCUUUUGCCAAAAGGUUUCCUACUGCCGGUUUUUCUCGCCCUUCUUGCUUCUGGCAUAAAUCGAGAAGAAAGUUAUUGCUCUAUCGUGGUUGCGUGGGAAUGAAUGGAGCGGAUCUAUCCUCGGAUAGGGCCAGGAGUGAAGUGGCAAUAAGUUGGCACCCCACACAGUUGCAUGGUUGGGGAAGAAGUUCUGGGAAUGCCUUGGACGCGUGUCGGUUUGCGAUCGACCGUAUCGACCGUGUACGAUGGGAUGGGUAUCGGAUUGGCAAAGAAUGUCAGCAGAACUUCGUACGGUUUUAAAUGUAUCUCGCGAUACUACGUGCCGGUAGGAUGGAAUAAAAGAAAUGAGAGCACAACAAAAAAAAAAACGACAACCCGGGAUUAAAUCGAGUGUGCCACACUGAUAAGAUUGGAUAAGAAUUAUGUAUACGUUUAUGAUGAACAAGCAGCGUACGCGAUGAACACUAUGAUUGAUAGUAGCAGUCGAUGUGUUUAAUAUCGCUACUCGAUGACUUCACCACAAAGAAUAGCACAGAAAAGCUUAGUGUUGUUACUUUCCCCCCAGGACCAUUUGGUAACAGUUUUACAUGCUGUUGUACUUGUCAUCAAGUAAAAACAGAACCACAAACACACAUCCGACCAUUCUUGAUUACGUUGUUUUGCUUUAUUUUUUUUUAUACAAAGCGGUUAAGAAUCAACUUCAUUCUGCGCUUUAAACUCUAGUACCAUGUCUAGAGUCAUUUUUUGCAGUACAAAGUACAUUGAUAAGUGGUAUAAAUGAUUAGCUCUGCACGUUUUCCAUUGUAUGUACGAAAAGGAAAGAGAAAAAAUAGUCAUCCGAUACGGAACUGGAGGAUGCAUUCGGUUGCGCACUCGUUCAUAGAGCCGCGCGUCGUACGGAUUGUUUACCGUCUGUAGUGCCGUAGCCACACGCUCAUCCUGAUAAACGCAGGCUACUUUUCCAACCAACUACUUAAGAUGCAAACGCAUGCCGCGGCACGUUUCAGUAGCCAGCCCGAAUGUGUCCGCAAAAUGGUGCGUUCAUCUCGUGUGAUAGUGCUCAUAACUACGCUUUUCGUCGUAGUGCUUACGAUUGAAAAAGCUGCGUCCAACGAAGAAUGGGAGGCAUCCGUAGGAUUGCUACCAAACGAUCUGAUGAGUGAGGAUAUUGGGGGCGAUACAACGGACAAGGCGAUCAUCACACCGAAGCAGGUGAUAGAGAAUCAAGUGUCGAAAACAUGGCAAUCGAUCGUUAAGCAGAUGGUGGACAGUACAAGCACCGGCAUGAAGCAGAAGCGGACGGUACCCGCGCAGGGUGGUAUUUUCCUGUUCCUACAGCUACUUGCAAUGUAUCGCAGUUUACUAUCACCAACCAAUAUGUUGAAUGCGUUACCAACGAGUAAACUAAUGCCGGGGAAUGAUAAUCCUUUAAAUGCAUUAAAUCCGCCACAUUCGAAUCUGGUUCCAACGGGAGGUCUGGUUCCCGAUCUGAAUAAUCCUGCAAGUGCUACAAGCUAUUUACAUCCGGGAGGUACCGGUGUUCCAGUAGUCAAUUCUCUUCCGGACGCUUCGCAUGCCACAGGAAUGGUAGCACCGUAUUCUGGUGGUAAUGCCUUAACUGGAGGAGGAAUGGUUCCAACAGGUGCGAUAGGCGCUGUUCCAAUGCCGGGAGGCGCUGGUCCAAUGGCCGCAGUCCCAGGAGCUAUGUCGGCAGCCGCUGGUCCAAUGUCUCAUCUCCCUGUUCCAAUGCCGGGAGGCGCUAGUCCAAUGGCCGCAGUCCCUGGUGCUAUGUCGGCAGUACCUGUUCCACUACCGGCAGGAAAUCCUAUGACAGGUUUGAUAUAAGCGGGAGGGAGUUCUUCUUAGAGGAUGUGUAUAAAGAUUGAGAGAUUCAUGCAGUUCAACAGUUCCUUGCAUGAUAGUCAAUGUGAGAAUUUCCUUCAAGUUUUUGUGCGAAAACUUGUUUGAGAAGUAUGCCGAAUGAUAAUCGUACUAACAAGAUAAAAUAAAAAUUAUUCUACGUAAUGGUGUAUAUACUUUACUUAACAGAUUACAGAUUAGAAGAUCUUGUAUUUUGUCCUUUCUAGUGUUUGUAACAAAGAUAUGACUACAUCUUAAUUUGGGUUUAUCAGCGAUUCCUGCAUUUGAGUCUAUCAACGACUUCUUCAUUGUUCCUCAAUGCGGAUUGUUUCUUAAUGAGGAGAAAGUGAAUACUGAGACGCGGGUGCAUAUUGAAAAGAUAGGAAGAUUUGAGACUAAAUUCAAUGGUAUAAUCUCCCAGGUUUACACAACCUCUGUGUUAAUUGAUUUUUGCGAAGCCGCUGGUCACCUGUUUCCAACAAUUUCCAACAGAUAACUGUGUCCAGUCGUGAAUCAUGGUUCUUGCUCUAGCAACAUGAGUCAAACAUGGACUUGCACAUCAAUGAAUCUUCUACUAUCUCCUUUGUAGUAAAAAUGUAUGCAUAUGAUCAGGAUUUACAACAUAAACGAAUGGGUAACAUUGU